AAAAAAGCACCGUCUGUUAGUAGACCGAGUACGCUCCACAAAUCAAGCCUCCCACUCCCAAAGUACACAGCAAAAACCAGCCCCAGCUGCUGGUACUUGCUUACGCAGAUACCAAAUCCCCAGAACCCAGCUUUCUCUGCACCUCAGAGGCCAUGAUUUUCCGGUAAAUACUUGAAAAUUCAAAGCCAACCGAUUGCCUUUUGGGUUUUGCUUCAAUCAGUGCAAUGAGAAAUUCCCUUGUCUUCCUCACUCUCCUAACACUCACUGUCACUUACUCCCUCCGAUUCCAAGCUCAUGCUGCCCCUGCAGGGCCAUUGAUAAGGCACUUGUCUUCUCUUCUCAAAUGGACCAGGGAAAUAUCCUCCAAAACGCCACAAUCAGAUGUGAAUGUUCUUCAGUUUGAGGAUGGGUACUUAGUUGAGACUGUUUUGGAAGGAAAUGAUAUCGGAGUUAUUCCUUACAAAAUCCGCAUCUCAGAGGAUGGGGAGCUCUUUGUUGUGGACUCCGUUAAUAGCAACAUUAUGCGGAUUACUCCACCAUUGUCCCAAUAUAGUAGGGGAAGAUUGGUUGCUGGUUCAUUUCAGGGUUACACCGGACAUGUUGAUGGGAAGCCAAGUGAUGCUCGUUUCAAUCAUCCCAAAGGUGUAACCAUGGAUGAUAAAGGGAAUGUGUAUGUUGCUGAUACCUUGAAUCACGCCAUAAGAAAGAUUGGAGAUGCUGGUGUGACAACCAUUGCGGGUGGGAAAUCAAAUGUUGCAGGCUACAGGGAUGGGCCCAGUGAAGAUGCAAUGUUCUCAAAUGAUUUUGAUAUCGUAUAUGUUCAACCUACUUGUUCAUUGCUAGUUGUUGACAGAGGAAAUGCUGCUCUCCGGCAGAUCUCUCUCAACCAGGAGGAUUGUGAUUAUCAGUACAGUUCAAUUUCUGCCACAGAUGUCCUUAUGGUUGUUGGUGCUGUCUUGGCAGGGUAUGCUACAUGCAUGCUUCAGCAGGGAUAUGGACCUUCUUUCUUAUCAAGAACGCAGCCACCUUUAAAGAGUGAAAUGAAAGAACAUCCAAGCAGUGAAAAAUCCACUCUACUGGUGGAAAGCAUGAAAGAGGAACCGGGAUGGCCCUCUUUUGGACAGCUCGUCAGUGAUCUAUCCAAACUUGGACUUGAAGCAUUGGCUGGCAUAUUCGUUCACUUCCUCCCGUCGCGUUUUAUGCCUGGUGGCUCCCAGAAAGCCCUCACACCAUUAAAAGAUUCUCUUAGGAUGCCUGAAGACAAAUCUGAGGCUCCAGUAGUUCAGAGACAAAGUGCUCCUGCUCCUCUAUCUGAAACUCGACAGGCCCAUACUCCCAUUGCAAGUGAGAAGUAUUCAGAAAUGAAGCCACCAAAAAUGAAGUCAACUAGUUUCAAAGAUCCCUCUUUGCCAAGCAAGCACCGGUCUUCAAAACGACAGGAUUCUGCAGAGUUCUAUGGGUCGGGUGAGGUUUCUUCUCAUAGCAGGUCUAAGAGCCAGAAAGAAAGAACAAGGCAUCGCCAGCGAGAAAAGACUGGAGAGGUAGUUUAUGGAGCUGUUGGGGCAGAAACAAAACCGGUGGAUAUGAAGCCAGCGGGUUAUGACAAUCCAAAGUUCGAAAAUUACAACGUGAGGAGCAGGUAUGGGACCGAUCGCCAGCGAGAAAAGACUGGAGAGGUAGUUUAUGGAACUGUUGGGGCAGAAACAAAACCGGUGGAUAUGAAGCCAGUGGGUUAUGACAAUCCAAAGUUCGAAAAUUACAACAUGAGGAGCAGGUAUGGGACUGAUCGCCAGCGAGAAAAGACUGGAGAGGUAGUUUAUGGAACUGUUGGGGCAGAAACAAAACCGGUGGAUAUGAAGCCAGCGGGCUAUGACAAUCCAAAGUUUGAAAAUUACAUGAGGAGCAGGUAUGGGACUGAUAGUUCAUGCCGCUUUUGAUCAAACUGUGACCCCGUGAAUACCCUUUGCCGGCCUGCAAAUUUCAGCCAGUUUUUGCCUGAUCUUGAAUGUGUAUCCUGUAUUUCGUUUCGAGCUUAGUCUGCAACUGAUUCUAUGCUGCAAGUUUGUAAACAGGAUGUGUUAAGAAAAAUUACAGAUGGGUGAGGAUUCUACAAGUAUUAUCUGACAUAGGACUGUUUAGUCUAGGCACCAUACACUGCUUUCAUUUUGUGAGGAAGUUAAUGAGAAACUGAGACGUGCAGAAAUGGAUUUUCUUGUUUCUU